UUUUGUUUUCUUCUUUGCAUCUACUAAUCUAAAGGGCUUCCUUUAGUUCUCUUUUAUCUCUUGAACUUCUAAAGAUGGGAAAUCACCAGGUUGUAGCAUUCUACAUCGCGAUAUCUUGUAUCGCCUUUGUUAUAUCGAAGAUUAUUAUCUCUGUACUGCUCUACAAGAGAUGGAAAAGAAAGCAUUUGGUUUAUGAAGAUGGCUUCUCAGGUGGUAAAAUGGUUAUGUUUAAGUCUACAGCAAUGCAGUCUCUGAAAUCAAACGUGUUCUUGAAAAAGACUCUGAAACUGAGCAACAAGGAUAUAAUUGGUUCUGGAGGGUAUGGGACAGUUUAUAAGCUGAUGAUAGAUGAGUCCACUGCCUUUGCGGUGAAGAGACUGAACCGAGGAACCGCCGAAAGGGAUCGGGGUUUCGAGAGAGAGUUGGAAGCAAUGGGGGACAUAAAGCACAGAAACAUUGUAACUCUUCAUGGAUACUACACUGCCCCUCACUAUAAUCUUCUUAUUUAUGAACUAAUGCCUAAUGGGAGUUUAGAUGCAUUUCUACAUGGGAAAGGAAUGAACAAGAAGCUUUUGGAUUGGCCAUCCAGAUAUAAAAUAGCACUAGGUGCUGCAAGAGGAAUUUCCUAUCUGCAUCAUGAUUGCAUCCCUCACAUAAUACAUAGGGACAUCAAGUCUAGCAAUAUAUUGCUGGAUCAGAACAUGGAGGCUCGGGUUUCCGAUUUCGGACUCGCCACUUUGAUGGAGCCGGACAAGACUCAUGUCUCAACAUUUGUAGCUGGAACUUUUGGAUACUUAGCUCCUGAAUAUUUUGACACAGGAAGAGCAACAGCAAAAGGGGAUGUUUACAGCUUCGGAGUUGUUCUGCUGGAGCUUUUAACUGGAAAGAAGCCAACAGAUGAAGAGUUUAUUGAGGAGGGAACCAAACUUGUAACUUGGGUGAAGACAGUUGUUGAACAUGAGAGGGAAGAGCAUGUAGUUGACAGAAACCUAGAAGAUUGCCCACUUGAGGAGAUAAACAGUGCAUUCAACAUUGCAACAAUGUGCCUUGAAUCAGAACCAUCCAAGAGGCCUUCUAUGGCUGAGGUUGUCAAAUUACUUGAGCAACUAAAAACAAAAAAGGUUGUAUUGUAAUGGAUUCUUAGUGUAUCUUUGCUUAAUCUUUUUCUUUCUUUCUUUCUUUCUUUCCUAUAAAGUAUCUUUGCCUAAUCAAUAUCAUCCUUUCUUCAAGUA